GUCUCGACAGAUCGAUCAGCCAUGAAGAAGACCACCUCGGCCUUCGCCGCCGUCCUCCUGCUCGUGAUGCUGGCGGCCGUCCAGCAGCUGGCCGUGCCGGUGGUGCUGGCCGACGACGUCUCGUGCUCCGGCGUGAUCAACGACCUGUCGCUGUGCCUGGACUUCCUGCAGGGCGACGCGGGGCAGCCCAGCGACCGGUGCUGCACCGGCGUGAAGGCCAUCUACGCGGCCGCGGACACCGCGGCCGCGAGGCAGGCGACGUGCGAGUGCCUCAAGUCGGCCUACAACAUGGUCAACGCCGACCUGUACGCCACGCAGACGCUGCCCGGCGCCUGUGGGGUCCCGCUGUCCUACACCAUCUCCCCGGACAUCAACUGCUCACAGUGA